AUGGCGAUUCCCAAGUUGUAUUCGAUCAUUCAAGGGAGAUGGCCAGAUACUGUUGCUGUGGCGAAUGGGUCAUCUUGUAAAUGUGAGUGUCUUUAUAUAGAUAUGGGGUCUAUCUUGCACUCGGCUCUUCACCGGACACAAGACCAAGACGGUGUAUACAAAGCGCUGAAGAGCUAUAUUGGACAGAUUGUGAGCAUGGCAAAACCCACGGUGUUGAUCUACGUUGCCCUUGAUGGUGUUCCCCCGGUAUCAAAGCUGAAGGAACAGGCGAUGAGAAGGAAGAUGUCAAAGACGUCAGGACACGGGUGGAAUCCACAUGAACUUACACCUGGAAGUGAACUGAUGCACUCAAUUGCAAUGAUGCUCGCUGUCUACUGUGAAACCUUAUCCCAGUCUGUAGGCGUGACUGUCAUAUUGGAUGACUGUUAUUGUCCAGGAGAAGGAGAACAAAAGAUUAUUACGCAUAUCAAAGGUUUCAAACGUGAUAGUCGACUCAACAUUGUCAUCUAUAGCUCUGACGCAGAUAUGAUUGCUAUGACAGUACUCUUGAGGGAUUGCAAUGUUUAUUUAUUGAGGGAAACGCCUAAUUCAAGGAAGAAGAUGUACACUCAAAAGAGGUUUGAACAACUCAAUAUUGGAAAGCUGCAGACAAGAAUUGGGAAUAUUCGUACAACGACAGAGAAGCCUCUCGACUCUAAAUUACAUGCGUUUGCGAUUGCAUCCAUGAUCUUGGGCAAUGACUUUCUGAAGACUCCAUUGGGAUAUGGUGUUUCUUAUCCAGUGCUUAUCGAUCUUAUUGAUAGCCUUUGUUGUUGUGUUUCCGAUGACAACGCCGUACUCGACUGGGCGAAAUUCUUCGACAAUAUGGCACGGAGAGAAUAUUCCAAUUUCAAAGAAGAAUACCCUUUGGAUGAAGGUUCCAAGAGGGAAAUCAUACUAUCAAUGUCGCUACAAUCUCUUUCCCUCAAGGAGAAGAAAAACGUCAUCAAGGAACAAAUUGACGACGUUGAACGAGAAAACUUCCUACAUUGGAGAGAAAGAAAGUACCUCUUUGAAUCUAUAUCAAUCGCAACAGCUCAACUAGCACAGAUCACUGAGGACUACAUCAAAGGUUUGGAAUUGCUACACAAAUAUUACCAGGGCGACAACGCCGCUCUAUCGUCUUGGUUAUUCGGCCAUAGUUAUGUGCCAAUGUUCAGUGAUAUGGCACCCCAUGUCCAUGACUUUGGUUCUAGCGCAGCUCCUGUUGUUGACGAUACAUUGCUGAAACCAAUCCAUGUCUUAGCAUUGGUACUGCCCAGAAGCUCAAGCCAUCUUCUCCCCAAGGUCUAUCGAACUGAUGCCAAAAUUGAGCAGAAUGACAUAUUCACUAUGCAAUUGACGGAACUGUUCGAUCUCACCAACUACAUGAAGCUCCAAUUAGAUCCGUUUUUGGAUGAAGAAGAGAAGCUUAGAAACAUCGAAGGUAACAUUCAGAUCUUUUCCCCUUCUAUUUCAACGCCAAGUGGCCUUUAA